GAUGUAUUUCCUGACAAUGCAACAGGAAGGAAAAUUUUGUCAAUGGUGAUCAAAUGUCCAAGUGACGGUUGCUCGUGGACUGGUGAGCUGAGGAACAAAGAGGUAAAAAACCAAGAGCACAAAUUACAUCCAAGGCACCGGGUUGAUUCAUUUCGUGUCAAACAUGAUCAUUUCCAAAUUGAGUAUACCCCAGUCUCUUUCACCAGCUUUUAAAACUUACUAAAUCAAGUAUUUUACUUUUUAAUACAGCCCUACGUUUAUAUGUGCUACGCGUGAAUUAUGAAACGUGUGGAGGGGUGAAAAGGAAAUGUGGAGAGGUCAAACGUCAGAUUCGUACAGCCGGUUUGUAACUGAACGCGUGUGCAAGUCGACUUUUCUACGCCUGAAUCGUUUUAAUUUCAGGACAAAUGUACAUCACAACCUAGACCGGAAUCCGGGAAAUGUUUGCUUGUAGCUAGAGAAUCCGGAAUGCUGGUGAAAUUGGAAUCCGGAAAACAACUCAAGGAAUCGGGAAUCCCACUAAAAGCUUGAGAGAAAGCUAAGAGAUGAAAGAGAAAAGCUUGAAAUCCAGAAUCCAAGUUCCACUUACAACGACUGUAAUUCAGUACAUGGAAUCAGGAAUCCAUGGCUCAGUGCUGUCUUAAAUUCCCUUACAUGGCGCGAGGGCUGGCUUUAGGCCUUCAAAAAGAAUUUCUUUGGUAUUGCAGACAAACACUCUCCGUUUAGUUUUGCACUAGUGUUGUGCAAAUAGGUAAAGUAAACUUCUAUAUGUUGUUAUUCAAGCAGAGGAACUACGACCAUGGAGUAUACCAGAAGCCAUGCAAGCAAUGACCACUACACAACCGCGACCCCAAUUGUUCGUAUCGUACCCUAUACGCUUUCCUCUCUUAAUUCUGCAAAAUGUGUAUUAUUUCAAACCGGCUCACCUAGAAGCUUGCCCGUUCAAAAUUGUUACUUGUACCAACGAAAAUUGCCAUGUGACCAUAAAGCGGAAAGAUCUUGAACAACACGUGACAAACACUUGCGAUUGGAAGAUCCUAAAAUGUGAAUACUGCAAAGAACCACAUCCAGAGAGGAGCUUGAAGGUAAAAAGAAUUGAAAAUAACAAAACUACGCUUUCAACUACGUCGCGUAUUUUAAACGAAGCUUCCUCUUGCCGUAGUUUUUACAGAUGAUGACGAGUGAGACGCCUCUUUCGUUUGAUCUUGACUUAGCUCAGCUUUGAGCUAAUAUUAGCCUUUCACCGGCUUGUCCACAGGUAGCGCUGUUUACCUCAAACGUGGCUACACUGCAGUCAAAUGCCCCAGGCAGUGUUUUUUCUUUUAGUUAAAAACGUUUCUUAAGUUAAGAUCGUCCGUUGGGUCAGACGUCGAAUAAUUUAGGACUAGUCGAACCAAUCAGCUGAAUCAGAUCAGUACUUAACAAUUAUUGGAUGAGGUUUCGCGAAAUAUAGUGAUGUGUGAUACACUGAAAAUCACGAUAUUUUGCGAUAACCGAGUUUCAUAAUUCUUUUAUUACUUGAUCACAGAGUUUGUUUUUCAAUUAUUUGCGAAGCGAUCUGCCAAUUACAAAGCAGGAGCGGUCGCAAGAAGAAGAAAAACGUGGUUUCACUUACGCAUGAGCAGAAUAUCAUUUGUAGCCUAACAUAGUUGGACGCUAUUACGCAUGAGCAGGCUAUUAUUUGAAGGCAGUCAUUUACAGGUAACGUUUUGGACUCUCGGCCAAUAACAAGGAAGAAAAAUCUGCAUCGAAUGAUAAUACAGCUUAUGCAAAAUUUGGCCCGAGAGCGGUCUGCGGGAGUAACAGACUGUAUUACUAUGGGGGAUUGGAAAACAAAGAAUUGAGAACUACGAAACUUUCACGGCCUGAAAAAAAAAUGACGUUUUUCAACCCAAGUGCAAAAGGAUAAAUUAGGUAUUUGUCUUUUUGCAGGAUCACUUGGAGAACUGCAGCAAGUUUCCACUUCCUUGCCCUAACGACUGCGGGGAUUCAGUUCUCAGAGAAAUGGUAACUGCAUUUCAUUUUAGUAUGGGUGACUUCACUGAUGGUAGAGUAAAGUAUCUUCGCACUAUGCAGCUACGGUUUCUCUUCUUGUUUGAAAAAAAAAUUGAAGUUAUCUCCAGUCUUCUAUGAGACAACAAAAGCCUCUUGACGUAUACUUACUUACAUCUUACUUCCGGUCGACGCCUAAAAAACGACGGGAAGAAAACUAACCCCAUGGAGCUCGAUCUCUCAUACAACUUUUAAGAUCUUGAAUGUUCUAAAGACCAGUAUCCCCAGCAGUGUGUUUAGGUAUGUAGCUGUCGUACUUCCUCUUGCAGCCCUUCCAUGUGCAGGCACCCAUGUUAUCAGCCGUUGCACUGGAGAACUCUCAUCGCGAAAAACAUUCUCCAGAAAGAGCGAUUCUUCUAUUUUGAAUGGUAGAGGUCACCUCUUUUCGCCCCUUUACCGCUUUGANGCAUUUCAUUUUAGUAUGGGUGACUUCACUGAUGGUAGAGUAAAGUAUCUUCGCACUAUGCAGCUACGGUUUCUCUUCUUGUUUGAAAAAAAAAUUGAAGUUAUCUCCAGUCUUCUAUGAGACAACAAAAGCCUCUUGACGUAUACUUACUUACAUCUUACUUCCGGUCGACGCCUAAAAAACGACGGGAAGAAAACUAACCCCAUGGAGCUCGAUCUCUCAUACAACUUUUAAGAUCUUGAAUGUUCUAAAGACCAGUAUCCCCAGCAGUGUGUUUAGGUAUGUAGCUGUCGUACUUCCUCUUGCAGCCCUUCCAUGUGCAGGCACCCAUGUUAUCAGCCGUUGCACUGGAGAACUCUCAUCGCGAAAAACAUUCUCCAGAAAGAGCGAUUCUUCUAUUUUGAAUGGUAGAGGUCACCUCUUUUCGCCCCUUUACCGCUUUGACUACCUUAAAGCUCGCUGUUUUUAACCUUGUCCUUCCAUUAUAUGUUUUUUACCAUUUGCAGCAUUCUUGUAUAAGUUGCAUCCAGGCUUUUUUCUUCGGCUUGACGCAUGGAUAAAUACGAAUCACACGUGAACAACGGAAACAAGUCUUAGUCCUUCAUCAAGUGCUAUACUAACCGGAUCGAGCAUAUAGAAAAUGUAGGAUUGACUGUGACUAUGACCUUUACUUUACAUUCAGACUUGAUCGACAUUUUCAAAACUGCUGACUUGAUAAAAAGCACUAUCAUGAUGAAAGUUAUGCUAAGCACUGGGUCGUGUCUCACCAAUUAUCAAAAUUCAUACUUAGGUCCAAGGCUGCAGGGUUGAGUCUCGGGGAUCACUAAUUCAUUUCUUUUGUUCUAUUCCUCUCAGCCUCAAGGCCAAGUAUGAAUUUUAAUCUUUUAACAAUUCGAAACUGGCCAAUUGAAACGGUUCGCUUAUUUGAUUUUACCAUUUUCUUUUAGAUUCCAAACCACAUUGGCAGCGUCUGUCCCUUGUCUUUAGUGUCCUGCCCGUACGAAGAAAUGGGAUGCAUUGAAAAGGUUUGCUCUUAAUCAAAUUAAUUCUUAAUUUUAGAGGAUUGAAAACAUAAUACAGUAAACACCAUUUUGUAUGCGGGUGUUUACUGUACGUUGUACAUGAGUAACAACACCAACGGGAAACUUCUCAAUUCGGACCACUUUCGGUCUGAGUUAUCGGGCAAAGCCUUUCGUCCUGGCACUAAGAAAAUUACUAGGCAAACAAAAUUUCAUAAGGCAUGGGAUUGUAAAUACACGCUCUAACUAAAGAUCAUUUGUCUUCUUUCUACAGUUUCAGCGCAAAAACGUGGAUUCACAUCUUCAAUCCGCCAUGCGUGAGCAUCUUGACUUAGCAUGUGUUAAACUUAACAACACACAGGUUCAGUUAAGAAAUACCCAAGAAACAGCAAGGAAACUUGCGGAGAAAUUUGAAGCUCUUCAGAGGCAACUAGCGAAGAAAGUGGAUACUGAUAAAGGGGGUGGUAACAAACGGUUUAUUUGGAAGCUCAAUCCGGGUCCUCUGCGUAUGGGAAGAGGAAAUACCAUGGGAGUAAAGGAAAGUAAUGCAUUCUACACUGGAUGUUAUCGCUACAAAUUAAAAGUGAAACUCUCUCUUGGUUAUCGUCGUGGACCUUUAAGUGACUGGACUUUCACGAUUGUCGUCGUUUUGAUGGAAGGUGAAUACGAUGACAUAUUACCCUGGCCUUUUAGCAAGAAAAUAACGGUCACACUGAUUGAUCAAAACGAGGAUCUCAAAGAAAGGAAAAACAUUACAAAAUAUUUAAGCCCAAGUGAACAUGUGUGGGAAGAGAUAUUCUCAAGAAGACCAACUUCGGAGCUACAGGGUGCGAUAUUGCGUUUCAUAUCUUACGGAGAACUUCAAACUAGGCGCUACUUUGCAAAUGAGACUCUGUUUAUUCAGGUCGAUGUAGAACCUGAUGACUAG